AGUUUAAUCAUGUUUUGAAUGUCUUUCUGACAAUUGAUUGACCAAAAUUGAGAAAAUAAGCGGUAGAUUAAUCAUUAAUGAAAAUCUUUGAUUGUCCUUAUUCAAACCUUAGUUACUGUAACUGUUAAGGGCUUCCUCCUGUCCACCCACUUGUGUGAUGUAAUGGCCAGACAGCCACGUCACCAACAUCAUCACAUCACCAGAUUACUGUCCUUCCAGAAUGAUCUUAACUUAUUCCCGAGUGAUCUGUGCCUCUCUUGUCUACAUGAUUCUGGGCCCGGCAGUCCUCCCCCGCCUCUCCCGCUCCUUCCUGCAGGGAUUGCCCCACCAAUCGCAGGGGUAGGCGAGAGAUUAGCUCCUCAGAUUAAAGUGUCCACCUCCAAACCCUGCUUAAUCCUGCCAUCUGUCAGAGAGCAGCUAACCAGCCAAGACUCUCUCCACAGGGCUAAUUAGAUAGCCAGAAGAACACAGACUUAAGAGAGGAAGUACAUAUUGAAAACACACUUGUCUGUGUGGUACUGCUCAAGGCAGAGUAACAAUGGAGGAGAUGUACCUUCUGAACCUCCCCGGAGUCAGGAAGAAGAUCCUGGCUGGAGGCACAGGACCGCUGCCCCACUUUCCACCUGGGACAAAGCUGGUUUUCAAUUUCCAGACACUGCUAGACAAUUUUGAGCGAACCGUCAUCGAUGACAGUCGACUGGCUGGUAGGCCAGCUGAGAUCUUUGUCGGAAAGAUGUUCAAGAUGGAAGUCUGGGAGACCCUGCUGAUGUCCAUGAGGAUCGGAGAGGUGGCUGAGUUCUGGUGCGAUGCCACUCACACAGGCUUGUACCCAAUGGUGUCCAAGGGAAUGAGGCUGAUCGCUCAAGGGAAAGACCCCCUAGAGGGCCAGAGGCACAUGUGUGGCAUGGGAAACAUGUUCCACUAUCAUUCCACUGGUUUCCCAGAGCUGGAUGAGCUAAUGAGAACUCCUCAGCCACUUAUAUUUAUCAUGGAGCUGUUGCAGGUGGGAGACCCCAUGUCCUACCACAGAGAGUCGUGGAUGAUGGAAAAGGAUGAGAAGCUGCAGAUAGUGCCAGGUCUUCACAUGCAGGGCAAUGUGCUGGUCAAGCAGAGACAAUUCAGAGAGGCUGCCAGCAAGUACAAAGAGGCCGUCCUGCUGCUGAAAACAGUCCAGUCCAGAGAGAUGCCGGGUGAUAUAGACUACAUUAAUUUGGGUCGAAUGAUUGUCCCCUUGGAGUUAAACUACUGCCAGUGUAUGUUGGAGCUGGAGGAGUAUUAUGAAGUUAUAGAGCACACCACCGAACUGCUGGAGAAACACAAAGACUGCGUGAAGGGCUACUAUAAGAGAGCCAAGGCCCACGCUGCUGUGUGGAAUGAAAAGGAAGCCCGGAAAGACUUCAACAUGGUGGCCCAACUGGACAUCACUCUGGCUUCUCUGGUCAAUCGAGAGCUGAAGGCCCUGUCAGAGCUCAUGAAGGAGAAGUACUGGGAGGAGAAGGAGAAAUACUGGAAUAUGCUGGAGAGAAAGAAAAACAAAAAUGAAGAGGAAGAGGAGGUGGAAGAGAAAGGAAACCAAGAAGAUAGUGAAAGUGUGAACGCAGAGAGUAAAGAGGGCGUGGGGGAAGAAAAAGGUGAAGAAGAAUCUCCAUCCAAAUGUGCUGAAGUCCAUCAAGAGGACCUCGGAGGAAAUAAGGUUAAACCAACUGAGGGAACAGGUAACGAAGAAGAAGCGACAUCUUCUGAGAUCAAUCCAAAUGCUUCCAAUAAAUUCGAGGGGAUCGACUGGCAACAGAUGUUACGACUGGUCAUGUUGCUGCAGAAAGAGGGGAACUUCCUCAUUAAAGAAAAACACUUUCAGGAAGCUUCUGCAAAGUUCAAGGAGGCCAUAGAAUAUGUGGAUGUCCUUCAGAAUACGCAAGUGGAUCAACAGGGAGAGGAUUGGCAGUCGCUGGAAAAAGUGCGCCUUCCGCUGACCCUCAACCUCAGCCAGUGCUUGCUGGAGCUCAAACAAUACCAGCAAGUGGUGGAGCUCAACAACAAGCUGCUGAAGAAGCAUAAAGGUAAUACAUGUAACUUUAAGGCGGUGUACCAGCGGGCAAGAGCACACGCCGCAUUGUGCAACGAGGAUGAAGCUCGGAGGGACUUUGGUAUGGUGGAGAAAUUGGACCCACAAUUCAAACCCUUCGUCCGCCAGGAAUUAAAAAAACUGUGUGAGAGCAUGCGUACGGUACACGCCCGCCAGAAUAAGACUUACUGGGAUACGACGCAGGAGAAGUGGGGGCCUGGUGGAAGCAAGUCAAAGAGUGCAGCAAGAAAGAAGAACGUCAAAUUCUCACAGAAGGCCACUGAGGAAAAAACUAAAGCAGAUAAGAAGACAGAGGGCAGUAAGAUAGAAGGCAAGGAAAGCUCAGAGAAACCCGCCCCUGCUGAGACAGAGGGAGUGGAUGAAGCAGAAACAGAGAAAAAUCCAGAUGUGAAAACAGAGCAGAGCAAUAAAGAGCUAGAGAGUGGGAGAGCGAGUGGAGAGGGGUUAGAUGAUGAAAACAUGCAGAGUGGCGUGGUUCAUGAGGACAGGCAGGGUGCACCAGAUAAUCGAGCAACGAAUAAAGAUAGCGAUCCCGCUCCCACCAGCACAGGCACAGAUAAUGUAGUGAGCAAGAGAUCGGCGAGCGAUAAGGGCAGAAAGAAGGUCAAAUGCCAAUCAAGUGCUGCACUGGGCCCAAGCAGAACAAGCCAAGGGAACAAAGCCACCAGUGAUAAAACAGCAAAUGGUGGUACUCAAUCAGCAUAG